CGUCAACUGCAACGCCACCUGCGCGGAACGGACGUGACACGAGCCACUAUGCGAAACGUCCGCGGGUCGCUUCCGGUGCCAGCAGUGGCCUUGUUCGUGUGCUGGCUGCUCGUGGCGGGCGCUGCCUCGGCGUCCUCUACGAAGCGCCAUGACGACGUAGACGAGCUGCUGUCCUCGGCGGUCGGCGGUGCUGGCGGAGACGCUGUGGACACGCUGACCACGCUCGAGUGCCACCGGCGCGAAUACUCCUUCCGGGCAACACGCACCGACGCCAAGGGGAACCGCUGUUGGGACGACGUCACCGCCAUGUCCUGCUGGGGACGCUGCGACUCCGGAGAGAUUGCCGACUGGCGGUUCCCGUUCAAAAAAUCCUUCCACCCGGUCUGCACAUACGGCUCGCGCAAGCUGAUGCGUGUGCAGCUGCGCUUCUGCGACCCCGAGGACCUGGACGAAAGGGACGAGUUGCGCUCGUACGAGUACUACGAGGCACUCAGCUGCUCGUGCCAGGUUUGCGACUCCACCUGGACCAGCUGUGAGGGCUUCAGGCAUCCCUAGACUCUGCCGGCGGUUGGCGACCGACAGCAGCCUCCCUCCACAGGCCCUAAAGAAGACGCGCGCUGGGGCCUUGGACUGCACGGGACGCUCGGCAAGACGCUGCUGCCCAAUUGAGAGAGGAGGUCGUCAUCUUCACCACGCCCGGACAGAGAGAGACGGACUGAGCGAGCUCACUUUCUGCGGUGAAAAACGCGACGAGUGGCGAGGAACCCGGGGCUGCAUUCUCGAAACGAUCACUUUCGGGGUUACGACUACACAGCGAGAUUUAGCGUGACUCGGCACCGGACGCGUUGGCGUCUACGGCCGACAGUAUUCCUCGCAUAGUGCCAAACACGCUGUCUUAGCACAGUUCCAAGAACGCUUUCGCCCGUAGACACUCACCCGCCAGGUGUCGAAGCACUGCAAAUCUCGCGACAGUGGUCGUAUCCCCGAAAGUGAUCGGGAAUUGUACCACUGGAGCUAUUUUUGAGUGACACACAAUGAAUUGUGCACACGGCGUGGAAACAACGUGAACAAAGGAAAUGUUCGGAUCAGUUCCAGCGAGCAAAGUUGUCUAACUUGAUUUCUAAGACAUCUUCUUUCCCAAGUAUUGAAACAGGAAAACGUCUUGACACUAGUGUCAAAAUUUUGAAGCCAUGUAAACAGGAAUACAAAACCAGUAGAAAUAUAACGACUUACUUCUCAGACCUAUUAUUUUAGACUUUGGCUCUGAGUAACCUGUUUCACAACAGAUGACUAGAGACAGGCUUCUGUAGUUCGACAAAUCACGCACAUACCAAAUCUGGGGAGCCACGCUUAAACAGCACUCUCGCUUAAGGUGUGGAGGCCUCGGUCAGGUCAAGGAGACUUGAACACGAAUGCAAGUCUGGUUUAAUAGCAUUCGUUGUAUUACGCCUCCACUCCAAAGCUCCUGUAUUUCAGAGCCUACACUACUGCAGUAUUCGAUGUCACCUCGAAGCUGAUGUUGCUGUCUAUAUCAGGAUUAGCCCAGGGCUUAAAAGGGCGUCGACACCAAAGUCUACACGGUGAUUUGGAACACGCGCAAAGAGGGACGGGAUAUACUAUCGGUAACUAUUGGUGACGGGACAUGAUUGUCAUGUGUUAUUUGCUGGUCCGGAAAACACGGUACGCGUCAACAACAAUGCGAGUGCUGGUAAUUCUUAGACGCUGUGCGAUAUAACGUAAGCAGUCGUUCCCACGCAUCUAACUUUCCCCAGCCAAGAUGGCCAACCUCCCGCUAGUAUAUCCUUUAAAAGUGAGAGGUACACCGAAGUUGGGUGGUGCGGGGUACGGAAGGCAACAGAGAUAGUGGCACCAGUCCGCACGUUGAUGCCUUAGUUACGACGAUAUAGUCCGAGGUCAGCCAUCUUGUAUAGAUCAGACUAGAUGUGUGGAGAAGAACACUUGCGUAAUGUUACAUAUCGUCUAUUGCUUCUCCUGCGCAGCAUAAUGCAGAAUAUUUGUCCAAUGCCUCCCGGUGCCCUCUGUGCCCUCAUGACCACGACUAACGCCGGACAUUGGGGUGAGGCUCAAAUAUGCAAGACUCUGGAGGGUCUGGACGAAUAUGGUUCAGGAAUUUGUAGGACCAGCACUCAGUGAAGCGCAACAAAUUAGACGCACACAUUGCGCUGCUAUGUCUAAGUACUGAUCCUACGAAUUCCUGAACUACGCUACCCCAACCGAACCAAAGUUCGGCGUUAUUGAAGAAAUAUGUUCCUUACCCUGCAGAUGUCUGGCAUAGGAGAGAUAGUGGACCCUCUGGCAAACAGCCCUUGUCAUAUGCGCAGAACGUCUGAGUUUAUGAUGAAGAAGGCUACAAUGUUUUUUUUUUUCGUUCACAUGUACUGGUGAUGAAUAAGUCAGCGCAAUUUCCGGACUCCCUUUUCUGUGCCACUGUUUUCUUCAGACGAGUGCACAGUGCAUUCUACGUGAAAACCAGCAAUGUCAUCGGUAUGAGCCUGACAUGAGAAUUAAGUUUGUGACUAAGCUGAAGUGAAAGAAAUGAUGUGGUAAUUGAAGUGCUCAUUUACAGCGGGACAAUAACUUUAUGCUUCCAUCUGCUAAAAAAUUGGAAGCUUUGCUCGUAAAGCAACUAGUGCCAUAUACGGCAGAGAGAGGUUGUCUGAUGGAUGUCGUUUGACAUGCAGUCUUCACUUCCAUUCAGUCAAUUGUCAUGGUCCACACACUAAUAAAUGAAGAUUAGUACUCGCCAUCAACUUAAGCACUUCGACCAACCUGUUGUUUCGUGAUUCCAAAUAAGUGUUAGUUUAUUUGGUACCGAAUUCUCGAAUGUUGACAUCAUAGUGUACGUGUGUUGUCAGUGAUAAUGAAUGUAGUCAAAAUUAAGACAAAGAUUUGAAUCACUUUCGGCGUAGUGACCACGCGCAUAAAGGCAUUUGUCGGCAUGUGGGUGGUCGUAUUGAACGUAUUGGUUGUAAGCUGAAGGUAUAUACUGACAAAAAAAUCUCACCGUUAUAUAUUUUUGAUGCCAGAGCCAAUAUAAUUUUAACAAUCCUACAAUCGAGAUGUGUUAUUUGCCCGACAAACUAGCAAACUGAAAUAAAUUUUCAGACACCAAAAUGACGAUUAGAUAUCGUGCCCAUAUUUUCGCUUAAACUGCCGCAUCAACUUUCGCCUUAAUAAUAAGGCUUAAAGACCCUUAACUCUCAAAACUUAGCGCUCUUGAAAUCCCUAAGGAAGCCAAUGCCUUUGCCAAGUCCUUCACCAUCAGCGUUUAUUGGCGUUUCCUUAAUUUUCUGCAGAAAAAAAAAACUCACUGAACGUGCAAGCGAUGUUUAAUCAUUGUCUCCACGACUUCGAACCAUUUAAUAAUCGUUUUUAAAUUAAGUUUUAAACCAUAUUUUGCUUUUGUUACUGAAGGACAUGAGAAAAAUUGAGUGCUGACGAUUAUUACGUUAGAACUUACUAUCAAUGUUUAACGUUUAACAAAAGGUAGUACCUGUGUUCAAAUUCUGCUGAAGGCAAGCGUGAAAAAAUUGUGUUAUUGGACCAUAAUUGUGCAUUGUCAAAGCCUUUCUAUGACAACUGCAACAAACUCCAUGUAGAAAACUCUGCAUGUCUAAAAUUACUCGCUCGGUCUGUCUAUCUCUGAACCCCUAUAAGGGAUUUCAGGGCUGGGAUCAUGUAAAAGGCAACGAGAGGAUAUUGAAGAACUGCUUAGUCACUGCAUCGAUUUCAAUGACCUAUUCUUCCUGUGUUGAAGACUGGACGCAGAGCGUAUUUUCAACAAAGAACUAAUUACAAGUGUUGGACACUCAACGCGUAUGAAUUCUGGCAAGAAACGCAAAUUAUAGCAGUGACAAGAAACAGAGAGGCAGGAGACAGACUUUAACUCGCAACUAAGUUUCAUUUCGAGCAGGAAAAAAGCAAAUUUUGAGACGCAUUACAAAGGAACAUGAAGGCAAGCUGUACUGGGAAACUGCAGUUUCGAAAUACCAAAAGGCCAAUGUAGCUUGUGACGCUAUAACGCUUGUAAGCCUUAGUACGCGAGAGAAUGCGCAAAAACGAAAGAUGGCGUUGACACUUGGAAGUUUUUGAAUUAGCCAACCAUGACGUCAUGAAUUAAGACAGCGUCAGCUUAGAAUAGUUAUGGCCAAACGAAAAGCAAUUUCAUUCUAAUGGAGCCAAGAAUUCAAAUUGGCAUGUUUCGAAGACAUUUCUGCGCAGAGACGACCAAUACAGGCAAGUAUACUUAGAAACCAAUAACUUCACGUUAACUUACCGGUACGGCAGGUCAGGCGCCAAGUUCAUAACGGGAAACUGACCGUCCGUUCUCCCCACUAGUAACAAUCCCCAUUACAUUAAGUAAAUGCCCAUAAAGCCUUGAACGAAGGUUUAGCUUGUGAAAAGAGACUUGCUGCUUUUUAGAGUCCCAUUAAGUAAAAAGGAAUGUACGUAAAUUCCACAGGGUACGAACUGAAAAAGUUACAGUAUAUCACGCCAUUUCAAUCCUGCUCAAGCAAAUUGCCUUUGUCACAGUUUCUGUCGGUUGUGUCUGUAGUUGUAACCGUUUAUUUGUUUCUUCUCGAGACGAACCAAGCAGGCCAGCAGAACGCUUCACCAGUUACGUGUUGUUAGGCUAUGAAUAAAUUCAUGUCCGCGGUAGAAACAACUCCUGUCUACACGUUUCUACCUUCAUGAUUUUCAAUAAAAUACGCUUAUUGAUCAUUGUCGUACUCGCUGUUAGGUUGCAUAAGAACGUUCUUGCGCUAUCGCAUAAGGUGAAAUAAACGUCACGCUUUUACCGAGGUCCACCACCUGAUAGUUGAGGAAUUAUAUAAAACGUGUAUGAAGUCAUUGCGUCACUGCUACAUACCGCGCAAGAGCCUCUCCUCACUACCAAAUAAAGAAAUUGCCAUAUCUUCCAUGCAUGCGCUGCCUUUAGAGGAGAUAUAGAACGCUUCCAUCAGUUCUCUGGGAGUGAAAUCAUUGCUUCUGGCCAGAAUCGUGAUCUGAGCACAAAUGGAACUAUCCGAGCAGACACGUUCAGGCGGGUAACGACGAUCACAGUGCAUCGCCAAAUCUCAAGAUGAAUUCGGCACUUUCAGCCACGAUGGUGGGCGGUGUAGUUCUACUAUUGACUACAGCGCGACAGAAAGACAGCGGUCACGAACGAAGUGAACACACAGAGCGCUGACUCUAGUGUAAUUCUAGUUCUUGGUAAAUGAUGGCUACCGAUUGCGUCACUCCUUUCGUUGCCUUCCACAAGGUUCCUUGCGUGACAAGGGACAGAUGUUGCAGGGUUGGCGUUCCUUGCUGCUGUUCAGGCCUUUGCACUUGUGAUACUCCUGAGGUCCUUGUACAGAAUCGCGCAGUGCAAGAGCACUGGAUGUACAUUACAUGGUGAUCCCUAUGAAUAAACCCUUGUGACAAAAACUGGCAAUUGUGAACUCCCGCACAACGUUAAUUUUAU